UCUUGACUUUUUUUGUUUAGGCAAACAUGAAAAAAUAAAGUGGCGUGGAGAUAUAUUUAAAAUGAGAUUAGCAAGAAGAUAUAUUUGUGCUGCUGUGAUUUUCACAUCCUUGUUUUGGCUUCUUCUAGACUUCACUGCCUUAUUUUGGAAUAGCAGGGUAGUAGAUAGUAGUACAUUAGAUGUUAAUAAAAGAAAUGAAGAUACUGAAGAUAUUGUAAAUAUAGACUAUUUCAGACGCUAUUAUAAAACAAUGCUAGAUCCCCAACCAGGCAGUGCUGGCAUGAACGGACAAGGUGUUGAAAAUCCUGAAAGUGAAAAGGAAAAAGAAGACAAAGGGUUAAAUGACUAUGGUUUUAAUGAAUUGUCCAGCUCAAAAAUAUCUUUAGAAAGAACUAUACCUGACAAUAGACAUUCAAGUUGCUUGAAUGUCAAAUAUCCCAGACAACUGCAAACAGCGAGUGUUAUCAUAAUAUUUCACAACGAAGCAUGGUCGGCUUUGCUCCGUACUGUUCAUACAGUAUUAGCCAGGUCUCCACCACACUUGCUCUAUGAAAUCAUUUUAGUAGAUGACGCAAGUAUCAAAGAUUCUACGUACAAGCAUCUUGGUCAAAAAUUAGAAGACUACAUCAAGCCGCUCCACAAAGUAAAGCUUAUUCGCUCACCAAAACGCGUUGGUUUAACGCAAGCAAGAUUAAAAGGAGCGGACGUCGCUCUUGGAGACGUCUUGGUGUUUUUAGAUUCCCAUUGCGAAGCUAGUAACGGCUGGUUAGAGCCUUUACUAGCUAGACUCAAAGAAAAUAGAAAGUUGGCUGUUGUACCUGAUAUUGAAGUUAUUGCAUGGAAAGAUUUUACGUACAGUAGUGAACGUGGUUCCUACAACCGUGGCAUUUUUAGUUGGGAGUUGAUGUUUAAUUGGGGUCCUCUUCCAGAGCGAGAACAGAAAAGAAGAAAACACGAAUCAGACCCAAUUAAGUCUCCAACAAUGGCUGGUGGUUUGUUUGCUAUGGACAGAAAGUAUUUCUUUGAAAGUGGUGCGUAUGACCGGCAACUUACAUACUGGGGUGGCGAAAACGUUGAAAUGUCUUUCAGGUUAUGGAUGUGCGGAGACGGCAUAGAAAUUUUACCCUGCUCACGUGUUGGUCACGUGUUUCGUGAGCGAGCUCCAUACCAAUCACCAGAGGGAUCCACCGAUCACAACAGUAUUCGAGUGGCCGAAGUUUGGAUGGACGAGUUUAAAGAGAUUUUUUAUUCUUUUCGUGCCAACUUGAAGCCGGAAGCAGGAGGAGAUGUUAGCGACCGUAAAAAAUUAAGAGAGGAACUGAAAUGCAAAAGUUUCAAGUGGUACCUGCAAAAUGUUAUACCGGAAUUAGAGAUUCCAGAUAAAUUCCCGUACGGCAGAGGAGAUGUUAAAAAUCUUGGAACGCAGUCUUGUCUGGACACCUUAGCAAAUAACAACCAGGGAGGCAAGCCUGGUUUAUAUCCUUGUCAUAAAAUGGGUACCAAUCAGUUCUUCAUCUUCACGAAGAAGUCUGAAAUUUGGCAUGACGCUUUGUGUUUGGACCUUGACAGUAGCUCUGCCAGUGCGAACGCCAAGUUAUGGCCAUGUCACAAACAGGGUGGCAAUCAAAAAUGGGUACAUGACGAGAACGGCCUGAUCAAACACGAAGGUUUUCAGAGAUGUUUGGAAGGGCAUGGUGAUCAAAUUUUAAUUCGGCUGUGUGAUAAAAACAAGAAAACUCAACAGUGGCUAUUCGAAAGUUAUCCAGACAAGCAUGUUCCGCCCAACGCAAAGCGAACUUGGCUAUGAAGAUUUUAGUAGAUUCUAUCAAUUGCUAUACUUACUAUUCGACACUGUCGUGAUCUGGGAGAUGAUGAAGUGUAAGUGUUUAUCCAAACAGUAUAGCGCAGUGAACGCAUUCCCAAUGUGUUUCCCCGUUUACACCAGCUAAUACAUUCAAUCGAUCACCCACGUUUCAGUUGAAUUUUUUUUCUACGUAAUCAAAUCAAAAUAUGUAUAAACUGAAUUUUAGGAUUUUUUAGUAAUAAUUGAAGAACAUAUUUUUUCUAGUUUUUUUACUAUUGGAAGAAAUAAUUUUUACAUAAUUUUAUGGCAACUACAGAUAUAAAUAAUACGUAACCGUAAACUUUAAUUUGCUGGCUCCCAAUCUUUUAAAAAACUUGUAUGCGAGUAAUUAAACUUCCCAAAAGUUGCAAGAUUUUGUCUCGCCCACCUAUGGCUCGUUUGCAAGGUUUAUACUAGAUUCUAGGCACCCCGUUAUUGUUAAACCAGCUAACACCCAGUCAUAACACCAGCCCUAUUCUUAACUAUUUGUGGUUUAUCAUUUCCUUUCUGUAGUUACGUUUUCUAUCAUUCAAGAGGUUCAAGUAAUAAGAAAUGAAAGAAACGCUGUUGUUGUUGUUCUUUCAUGGUUAAAUGGAAGUGACCGCAACAAAUUUUUAGAACGAAAGUUAUUUUUAUUGGAAAUAUUUAUUUAUUUAAAAUGGUGCACGUAAAAAUAUUGUUUCUCUAUCUCAA